UCAGGAACCCGAUUUCGCUUUCCCUCCCGCAAAAACUGACUCAAUCCUCCGCUCUGCAAAGUUGUUGUCUUUCUUUUCUUAUUUUAUUUUUUCCUCCUCUUUCUAAAACCAAAACUAAAACUGUAAUUAAAAUUUAUAAAUUAAAGCUAAGCAGGUAAGUAUCGUACAAUCCUCCUUCAACGCCAUUACAGCUUCCUCUUAGAUCGAAUCAGGUUUAUUGGAUUUGAUCUUUGGAAGUUUGGACUUUGAAGGUUGUGUUAAGUUUGUUAAAUCAAUUCAGGCCAACUUAAAAUUUGUAACUCCCUAAUUGGUGCCUAAUUGAGAUUCUUUCAAUCAAAUAGUCAUGAUGCUUUAGUUGUAAUGAAUAUCCGAGAGUUCAGUUGGGGUGAAAAGGCUAUAUUUAUAAGCAAUGGGUGUGAGCUACUUAGCAAUUUCAGCUGUCUGUACAGUUUUAAGCUUUGUAGGUCUUCAGUGGUGGACAGAGUUUUCACUGGAUAAACUAAGAACAGCUAGGUUAACUGGUGAUAAUUUUGUUGAUUUGGAGAAUGCCAACCAUGCACUUGAGUUUUUCUUCGGUUCGUAUGCCACAGUUGCAAUGCUGGCAAAUUUUGCGCUCAAUGUUUUCAUUCUACUUAUUCUUUGUCUCAAGACUAUAUUCUUUGUAGAGUUGUAUCCUUCUGAGACUCAUAAAUUUGUGGAACGUCUUAUCAACUAUGUUAUUUACAAGGGGACAUUUCUACCGCUUGUUUUUCCACCAACAGUAUAUCAAAUGGGCUUGUGGUCAAUUUGGUUGACUGUCUUAUGUUCUUUAAAGAUGUUUCAAGCAUUGGCAAGAGAUAGACUGGAACGUUUGAAUGCAUCUCCCUCUGCAACACCAUGGACAUAUUUGCGCGUGUUUUCAGUAUUACCAUUAGUUUUAUUUGUCGACAUUUUCUGCUUAAGGCUAUGUCUGACAAUGUACAGAACACUGGAUUCAUCUAUGUUCCUGUUGUUAUUUUUUGAGCCUCUAAGUGUUGCUUUUGAGACCAUGCAGGCCAUUUUGGUUCAUGGUUUCCAGUUACUUGAUAUAUGGAUCCACCAUGCAGCAGAAAAUAGCACAAACUGUGAUAGGUCAAAGUUCUUUGAUACAUCAGCGGCAGGUGCAUUGUUGGAAUGGAAGGGCAUUCUUAUCCGAAAUUUGGGUUUUUUCCUAGACAUGGCCACAUUGUUGAUGGCACUUGGUCAUUACAUGCAUAUCUGGUGGCUUCGUGGCAUGGCUUUCCAUCUUGUGGAUGCAGUCCUUUUCUUAAACAUACGUGCCUUGCUAAGUGCUGUCAUCAAACGUAUAAAAGGAUUCAUCAAAUUAAGAGUCGCUUUAGGUGACCUUCAUGCUGCGCUUCCUGAUGCAACAUCUGAAGAGCUACGCGCAUUUGAGGAUGAAUGUGCUAUCUGUCGGGAGCCCAUGGCAAAGGCUAAAAAGCUUCACUGCAAUCACCUUUUCCAUCUAGCAUGCUUGAGAUCUUGGUUGGAUCAAGGUUUAAAUGAGAUGUACUCAUGCCCUACAUGUCGAAAACCGCUUUUUGUGGGUAGAACUGAAAACAAUGCAACUCCUCGUGCUGGGGAAAUUUCAAGCGAUGAACUGUUAGCUCGUCAAUUAAGUCUGGGCCUUGAUAGGCGAAAUGAUUCUGCACAAACCCUGCCCACUGGUGUUUUCCUAACGCAGACACAAAACCCUAUGGAAGAUAGCCCUUGGAGGAAUGCAGGACUGGAUUCAAGUUGGUUGCACUCUUGGCCAAGCCAAGGUGUUGAUGGAGCUGGUCCUUCGACAGCUAUGAGAUCAGUUGGAUUAGGGAGAGUUCAGAUGAUGAUGAGACAUCUUGCAUCUGCAGGAGAAACCUAUGCACAAAAUGGCAUCGAGGAUAAUACUUGGAGCGUUUGGCCAAUGAAUCCUUCUCAGGCUGCUGGUGCUGCUUCUGGCUCACUUCCUCCUGUUGCUGGACAAUACCCUGGAAAUACUAGUGGUGCACAUAUUAGAUCAACCCUACGAUCUGGAAAUGAUGACAUAGCAAACAUACUUGCCAUGGCUGAGGCCGUGCGGGAGGUUCUGCCACAUGUCCCAGAUGAGUUAAUUUUACAGGACCUGCAGAGAACAAAUUCAGCUACUGUUACUGUGAAUAAUCUUCUUCAAAUGUGAUUGCUUACAUAUUUUAAUGCCUUUUCGAAUACGCGAACGAGAAUCUUGAUCCAGUGUACAAGUUUGAAGGCAUGCAUGCUCAGCAGGAAGGUAGUUUGAAUCACCACACAGAAUGGCUUAAUGUGUUUGUUCUUUGAGUAAUGUUAUGUGUACAUAUUUUUAAUACACAAAUAUAUACACAUAUAAAUGUCUCAUCAUGUGAUUAGGUGUUACUUUAUCAUUAAUUCAAAAUCAUUUAAUCACAUCAUGAUAUAUUUAUGUGUAUAUAUUUGUGUAUAAAAAAUAUAUAGGUAUCGUAUUAUUCUUGUUCUUUUGUUAUUGUUAAGAAAAGAUCAAAUGUUGAGAGCUCUAUUCUCUGUACAUAAAGGCAGCUUGCUAAUCAGUUGUUCUCAAUGAAUAACCGAAGUAUAGCCCUUUGUAUUUAUGUACUACAUUGAAAAAUAAAGCUGCUAUAUACACAUUUAACAGACUGUUAUAUCAUAUACAGUCUGGUUUUGAUGCUGCA